AUGCCUCCGAAUCCCCCUCAGCGUAGAGCUUUGUCCUUGGAAACCCCGGCGCUCGCAGACGAAGAUGUCGGUCUCCUGUAUCAGAUUGUUUCCCGCGCGGAGCUGGAUCCGGAUGCCCAGCGACUUCCGUUCAGGGCAUUGUUCAACGCGUACGAUGAAGUCGUUGCGGAACAUGAGGUGGACGUGGAUCCAGGCCAUGCCUGUAUGCGCUUCCUCUUCAAGAUGGGAAGCAAAGAAGUCGUAGGUGGUUCUCUAUUCGACAAAUUCGAGAACCUGCUUGACCAGAUGGGAAUCGUUCUUGAGGUUGGCGGCGAUGAUACGCGGACUGAAGAAAACGACACUUAUGAAAAUUUCGAGCUUUCAGUUGAGGGCCGGGGUCACCAAAGGGUUAGCCAUGAUCGUGAUGUCUCCGUGCAGGAAGAUACCACACAGACGACGCGGCGGAGACGCGCAUCGUUCAAUUCGAUGUAUGAUAUCGGCGAUGACAUUACUCAAAGAAGCUUCGCCAACCGUCCGAGCUCCCGCUCCUCGAUGUCGCGACUACAGACCGGGAAACAGGAGUUUCCGGAGCCCGCGCCUCCGCUGACACCGGCGCCAGCACAGAGAAAACCUCCAUCAUCCGACAGAACUCGAUUGAUGGCGGAGUUUGUUGAUGUCGGGCGGAAGCUCAUGAAUCGACUCGACAUGCUCGCUUCUCAAAAGAGUAAACAGGGCGAUUCACCACCAUCCAGUGGGAAACAUGCUAGGUCCGCCGUUGACCAAGACCGCUCGGAGAGAAUGGCGCAAGCCUCAGCUUCGCGCGGCCCUCGCUCUACAGCCUCGAUGGCCUCGGAUGAAGACAGCGAAGAGUCAGAGGCAUCCGCGCAACAUGACGAUAAUGUUCCAUAUUCUAAGCAGCAAGCUCCACUGGAGAUGCUGUAUAGACCAUCGCUCUCUGAUCUGCUGCGGGACGCCUCCACGUUUAACAUGUAUCGCCAGCGCGCAAUAUCUCGACGUAUUUUGACCCAGUGGCUGAAGAAGGCGGUCCAGAUGCGACAAACUCACCAGAGUAUGGAAGUUGUGGCAGUCAAUCGCGAUAGAAUAACACUCGUGCGCCAAGCCUUCGAGACAUGGCAUACGAUUAUUCGAGACAAACGUCGCGCAGCUCAGACAGAAAGAUUCUUCAAACAUCUCGAAGAGCGUGCUGGACGCGCCAGAGAUCUUUAUCUCAUGACAAAGGCUUUCACACAUUGGGCCCAAGUUGCUUCUGAUGAGGUUGCAAAAUCGUCUGCUGCGCGUCGGCAUGUCCUCAGUGUCAAGUAUUUUAAUGCCUGGCGUGAAAUUACGGCCGUGAAUGAGCUGAAGGCUCAAAGGUUUGCGCUGAAAAGACCCUUCAGCAUUUGGCGGAAAAAGGCGCUUGAAGUGAAGCGGAUAGAGCAGAAAGCUGUGGCUAUUCAGAACAAGAAAUUGACACACGCGGUUUAUUGGCAAUGGUUUUGGAGUUUCUGUGAUCGCCGAGCUCCACAGUGGUACGAUCAUCGACUUAAGAGACGUUCCCUGCUCUACUGGUUGCGAAAGUUUCGCACAAACCGAGAACAGAUCCAUGAGAUCGAAGUCAGGGAGAAACAGGCUGCCAUAACAUCAGCAUGGCAGAUCUGGUCCCAGAGAUCGAAAGCUGUUGUUGCUGCUGAACGAGAAGCUGAAUCUAUCCAACGCAAGCGACUCUUGGAAGACACAUUCGAGGAAUGGAAAGUACAAGCUCGAUUAGGUCCAGUGGCCCUGAACGUCUCCGCAAAGAUAGAUCGAAAUAUCGUUCAGGCUGCCUUCUCGCAGUGGGGCAGGCGGCUUCAAAUGCUCAGGCAAGCAAGGGAGGUGGACCGAAUGAGGAUCAUGCGCAACUCCUGGACAGCUUGGAACGACUUGCUUCGAUGCCAGGCUUUAACUGCUCGGAUAGAAGAGCGUUUGAAGAUGGAGACCAUGUACAAAUGGAUUCUCGCGGAGCGAUAUCUUUUGAUGCAGAGAAUUCGAGAUCAGCGGAUCACGCGUGAUGUCUUCUCUACAUUUGUGACAAAUGUUCGAAAGACUUACUCUCGUCUUUUGCAUCAUGCAGAUGUGCACGAGGAUCACCGAAACGAAGAACUCCUGCGCUCGAAGCUGAUCAUCUGGCGAGAUCGCCUUGCCCUUCAACGCGAACGCGAAGUGGCUGCUUCUGAAUUCUACACGCCACGCCUCCAGCAUGAGUCGCUUGUGGCCUGGCAUUCGAAGCACCAACAGAUGGUGAAGAUGGAGGGAUGGGCUCAUGAUGCCCGCUUCUACUUCUUAGCGACCAAAACUAUCAAAUCAUGGCACAAGGCUACAUUGGACUCCGCCAAGCGACGUCGCCAGGAGGCCUAUGCUCAAGUCCGGAGAAUGAUCAAGAUCAAUCUUGCCCUGAAGGCACUGACACAUUGGCAUUCAAGGGCUCAACAUAUCGCCGACUUGGAACAGCAAGCGGUUGAUUUGUGCCGAAGCAAAACUUUGGUCCUUGCAGCGGAGCUCCUGCAAACGUGGCAUGAGGCGGCUGUCAAGAGAAUACAAGAAAUCGAAGAGGCUGAGGUAUUCUAUGCCCGUCAAGUUGCCCGUGACCAGUUGGCACGCUGGACGGAGAAGUCCACCAAAUAUCGUGACCUAACACAACAGGCGAGUGAUGUUUAUCGCCUGCAUGGUUUGAGCCGAGCCAACGUGCAGGCCCGCAAAUUGAGUCUGCGUAUCUUUCAGAUCAGAAGCUCUUCAGAGACUGCGGACUCGAUGCGCGAGCGCAACCUGAGGAAACACUCAAGAAGCAUGUUCCGUCACUGGGUGGAAAAAGCUAGAAUAAAACUGGAGGCUCGUGACGUUCCGGGUCCCUUGAAAACUCCUGCCAGGACCUUUGAUGGCCCACUCGUCAACGGAUUGGACCGACCUCUGUUUGAUCCUUGGUAUCAGGAUGAAACCCCUUUUAGAUUUAAUGACUUCGCGGUAGAGCCCCAGGUCGCCUCGGCCACUCCCCUCGCCACGCCGAACUACAUGGCCUCUCCGUCCAAACGAGCGGCACGUGCGAAAGCUCUGGCACAGAUAUCCACGACACCUGCGACGCCUUUGUACACGCCCUUUGCUAGCCGACUGUUGCGUGCGGAAGCCAUGGGCACGCGAACCGGCUCCAGUUUCCGGGGCCGCAGUGGUCGGGGGAGCUCCAUGGGCACAAGUGUACGAUUUGCCGAUCAACCCCCCGAGUCACCGACGGACGGACGAGGCUCGGGAAAUCGACGACCUUGA